GUCAAAUGGUGCAGCACGCGCGCAGUUUUGAUGUAAACAACGUGUGCGAUUAGCUGCAGUGCUAACGGGUUACGAAACGUCCAUUAUAGGUUUUAAUUUCGAAAUAACACUUCAGUUGCGUGUAUAUAACGUGAAUAGCUACAAGCGCUUUUAAACGGUAGAAACUGAGCCUCUUUCGUCUGGGAAGUUUGUUAGCCAGCUAGCGUCUCUUGUCAAAAUGUUGUGCCGUUGCUAUUCCGUGUCCUCUGCGUUCGUUUUCAGCCUCACGCUUCUGUGUUUUUAGUUUUCUAUUUUUAUUUUUAGUUGAAACUGUAAAAAGGGCGAGAGAAUGAUAAAAAGUCAGCACAAGCUCUCGGCAGAAUCCUUCCAAGGCAAGGAUGAGGACCUGCUUCUUUUACCAGAGAAGUUGCAGAAGAGACUGCUGGCGUUUCAGCGGGAGGGGGUUAAAUUCGCCCUCUCCAGACAUGGAAGGUGUUUGAUUGCCGAUGAGAUGGGCUUGGGGAAGACUGUGCAGGCCAUCUCGGUGGCGUACCUUUACAGACAGGAAUGGCCUCUACUCAUCGUGGUGCCAUCCUCGCUGAAGUACCCCUGGAUUGAGGAGCUAGAGCGCUGGGUGCCUGAGCUCAUGCCUGAGGACAUCAACCUGGUUGAGAGCAAAGCUGACAUUACGGGGAUCAGCCAGAGCAAAGUGACAGUGUUGGGCUAUGGACUGCUCACCACUGACGCAAAGCCACUAUUGGAAGCCCUGAACAAGCAGCGUUUUGGCGUAGUCAUUGUGGACGAGUCACACUACCUGAAGUCCCGUAAUGCAGCACGCACCAAGAUCCUGGUGCCGGUCAUCCAGAACGCGAAACAUGCAAUCCUGCUCACGGGAACUCCAGCACUGGGCAGACCAGAAGAGCUUUUCAUGCAGAUUGAUGCUCUGUACCCACGGCGGUUUGGCACCUGGAGUGACUACGCCAAAAAAUACUGCAACGCUCACUACAAAUUCUUCGGGAACAGGCGUCAGUGGGACUGUCGUGGAGCAUCUCAUUUGGAUGAGCUGCACCACAGGCUGAGUGAGAUUAUGAUUCGCAGGCUCAAAGCCGAGGUCCUCACUCAGCUGCCGGCCAAAAUCCGCCAGAGGAUCCCCUUCGAUCUGCCCAAAGAGGCAGGCAAGGAAGCCAGUGUGAGUUUUGAGAAGUGGGAGAGGCUGAUGCGUUCCCUGGAUUCGGGGGAGUCAGACAGUGAGAACCCUUUCACUGAAGUCAUGAGUCUCAUCACACAGAUGUACAAACAGACAGCAGUAGCCAAGGCAGGAGCAGUGAAGGACUACAUAAAGAUGAUGCUGGAAACGGAGCAGCUGAAGUUCCUGGUCUUUGCUCAUCACCUCUGCAUGCUGCAGGCGUGUACUGAGGCUGUCAUUGAGGCCAAGGCCGGUUAUAUCCGGAUUGAUGGCAGCGUUCCAUCUGCAGAGAGGAUCCAACUGGUCCAUCGCUUCCAGAGUGAUCCAGACACCCGGGUGGCUAUUCUCAGCAUACAGGCAGCGGGACAGGGGCUGACUCUGACGGCCGCAUCCCACGUGGUGUUUGCUGAGCUCUACUGGAAUCCGGGUCAUGUAAAGCAGGCGGAGGACCGCGCCCACCGCAUCGGCCAGACCUCCUCUGUGCACGUGCACUACCUCAUCGCCAAGGGAACCUUCGACAUGGUCAUGUGGGGCAUGCUGAACAGGAAGGAAACGGUGACAGGCAGCACUCUGAACGGAAGGAAGGAUUAUCUGAAGGCAGAGGAGGGAGAUAAGGAGAAAUGGGACUUUCUGAACUUCGCUCAGGCAUGGACCCCGAGUGACUGCGCCAUUGGCGACGAGGACGACAAAAAAGGCGUCUUCUUCUCACAUUUUGAGAAAGACAAGCAGCACGACAUCCGUAAAUUUUUCUCUCCCACUGCGGAUAAAGACAGGAAGAGGAAGAGAACGGGCGAUUCCUCAGUCGCUGGCUCUCCUCCUACCCAAUCACACGAUCAGCUAGGAGCCAAUCAAAGCCCUCAUAACCCCAGCCCUGAUUCUGCUGUUCAGGAAGAGGAUUUUUGCCCUCAGGUGAAGCGACUUAGGCAGGCUCGUCCACUGUCACGGCGCAGUGGAGGAAAGAGAAGCCCGCUUACGCCCCUGAGCGCCCCCCGCAGGCUCUCAGCAGGGCUGCAAGUCUCCCGCCACAGCCAGAAGUGGAGCUGCAGAGUGUGCACCUUCUCCAACAGUGGCCUGCUUCUAUGCUGUGAGAUGUGUGAGACACCCCGAACCAAGAGAGUUCAUAGCCCCCCUGCUUCUCCUUCCCCAUCUCCCUCUCUCUCUGUCUCCAGCCCUUGCAUCACUCUUUCUGACUCAGAAGACGACCAGUCCACCUCCGAAGCAUCAGGCGACCGGCCCAUCGCCAUAACACCCCAAACUCCUCUGACCAAACAGAGCCAGCUGUCGAAGGAGGCUGAAGAAGAGAGAUCCACACUUUCGCUCCAAGAAUCACAAACAGACCCUUCCACUGAUAAUGAUGGCAGUGGGUGUAACCCUGUAGAUGACUCUCUGCCCGUGUAUGACAGUCUGAAGUUCUGUGCCAGCAAAAAUACCGACAGGAUCUACAUCUACAACCAGGAUGGCCUCCCACUCAAUUGCAACUUCAUUCCUUUGGAUAUCAGAAUGCAGAACUGGGAGGAUUUGCCUCCAGAAUUCAGCCGCACUGAGAACAGAAGACAUGUGGUGCGAUUUGUGCGCGAAUGGAGUUUUCUGACGGCAAUGAAGCAGAGGAUGGUGAGGAAGAGCGGACGGGUGUUCAGCAAUCCGGUACUGCUGCUGGACGAGCUUACACACACACAGCGCAGGCACAGCAGCACCAAGAGGUAUCUCUCUAAGCAGGAAGUGGCUCAGACCUCCCUCAGUGCUGCCCAGAGAGAGGGCGGAACCGUACGCAUCAUCAAUAAGGACAGCUUCCCCUCCAAGAGGAAAUCGAUAACCAAACCACUCGACAAAGCUGACAAAGAGGCAGAACCCUGCUCUACUGCCCUGGAGAGCACUGAGUGUGUGGAAACAGGCUCCGGCAGUGAGUCGGGGUACGUGCAGGCACUGGACUCUGGAGGAAACCCACUGUGCCUGUCCUGCCAGAAGCCCAGCGCUGAUCACUCAGGCUGGGCUGGGGGCUUCUGCAGUGCUGCCUGCAUGGAGGAGUUCCAGCUGCGCUCUAAUCAGAGCUACAUGCGCGCCCGUGUGCUGGAGGCUGAGGAGGGUGUGUGUCAGCACUGUGGCCUCCACGCCCACCAGCUGUACCUGCGCGUCCGCGACGCCCCACACACACAUCGCAAAGAGAUACUGGACAACACCUGGCUGGCACAGCUGCCUAUCAAACAGCUGAACGAGAUGAUUCGUAACCCAGUGGAAGGCCAGUUCUGGCAGGUGGACCACAUCAAGCCUGUCUACGGCGGAGGAGGCCAGUGUCUACUGGACAACCUGCAAACGCUCUGUACCAUCUGUCACCGCAUGAGGACUGCACAGCAGGCCAAAGAGAGGAGUCAGAUGAAGAAAGGACAAGCUGCUUCUAAACUGGCAUCUGACAUCACCCGAUUUUUCAUGAAGAAAUAACUGCUUUUGUCAGGUUUUACUCAUGUUUCAGUUCAUUAAUGAAUGCAGAAGUUAGAAAAGAGAUUCAGAUCUGUGAUAGCUUUGAAAACUCUGAAUGUAAUUGACACUGAUACUGCUGCCACAGCAGUGACGGGUCCACACAGUAUGUGGCUCUGUGUGAAAGCAAGCAUUUUCUUGCUUUAAAUGCGAAAUGGUGAGCUGGCAGAUGCUUGUGUGGAGCUGUGGUCAAGAUGCUCACGGCACACAGUAAAAAAUUGGGCCCCACUUUAUUUAGAUAGCCCACAAUCUAUAGACAGUAGUCUAUUCAAAUUAACCAGGGUACCAGGGUUAGAUUUAGGACCAGGGUUAGGGUUAAAUAUAUAGUUGAACUUAGUUAAAUACAAGAUAAACAUCUACAGCGGACUAUCUAAAUAAAGUGUUACCAAAAAUUGUGAUUGGUUAAAGGGCUUAUUUGCAUAUCGCACAGCUGUAUGCGAUAUCAGUAUUGCAAAGGCCAGUAUCACGAUAAUGAUUAACAAGCAUUGUAUUACACUCUACACUCUUUAAGAUGGUUCUUCAAGGGUUUUUAGUAAAGACAGUGGUUCUCUACAGAACCAUGAACACUAAAGAGCUGUUUGCUGCUUAAA